UCAUUAUUUAAUCUUUAUAAAUGCGCUAGGAAUGGUCUACUUUCAGCAUAGAAAAGCGUUUUAAAUGCUAAUGUCGAGUUAGCUUAGCAGUUAGUUUACUCCGAAACAGCUAGCUAGCUAACAUACAGCUAACCGACCUGGCUUUUUUUUAUUAAACCAUUAUGGCAAAUCAGAGACCCCUAUCAGGCAGACCCAUGAGCCGUAGUUCUUUAAUCCCAGGGACUGCAAGACCACCAACUGGCAUCAGACCUCCACAGACAGCGAUCCGAGUGGGAACAGGGGUGGUCCCCAGUACUGGACGUCCAGGAACCAGGGCGGGCCCAAUUGCCACCCCGGGGGUGCUUUCAGCUCAGAUUAAAGUGACCGAUCGUCCUGUCACUCAGCAGGGUCUCAGUGGAAUGAAGACCGGAGGGAAAGGACCACAGAGACAAAUCCUGGAUAAGUCCUACUACCUUGGUUUACUCCGGAGUAAAAUAAAUGAGCUUACAACAGAGAACAGCAAGCUACAGAAAGAGAUCGACAUCUUCAACCAGGAGAACUCGGUUUACCUGUCAUAUGAAAAAAGAGCGGAGAGCCUUGCCGGGGAAAUAAAGGACCUACAAGGCCACCUGGCAGACUACAACAUGCUGGUUGACAAACUGAACACCAACACAGAGAUGGAUGAAGUAAUGAAUGAAAUCAGCAUGUUGAAAGUACAGAACGACAGAGAAGCCCAAAGCAUAGAUGCCAUAUUCACAGAGAGAAGAGAGAAAGAGGAUUUGAUCCAUGCUAUAGAGGAAGAGACUGAGAGGGAGAAGCAGGCAGCAGAUGAUAUCGUGAAAAAAAUGCCCGUAGAAAAACAAGCCAAAUAUGCUGAGAUGAAAGCAGUCAACGAGGAGCUGCUACAGGAACUGGCAGCUCGGCAGGACGAACUGGACACACUGAUGGCCAGGAAGGAAACAUUAGACGCUGAAUUGGAGCACUCCCAGGUGAAGCAGGAGGCCAUGGUGCUGUAUGAGAGGCUGCACGAGCUGGAGCUGCGUCGAGACGCCCUGCAGGCCGAAGACAAGAGCAAGAUCUCUCCACAGGAAGAGAGAGAAUGUCUGCUGAAACAGGUGAAAGAAGAUAAUCAAGAAAUCGCCAGCAUGGAGCGCCAACUGACGGAAACACGGGAAAAAAUAAGCCGCCUCACAGAAGAGUUGCGACAACUUGACAAGGACAUGGAGGACCAUCAAGAUGGCGAACGAACCCAAAAGUACAAAGAGCUGCAGAAAAAAGAAGAGGAAAUCGACGCUUACCUGGAAACGUUCGACACAAAUCGAGCUCAGGAGAUGGAGCACAUUCGGGAGACUCAGGCCAGCAUCGUGGCUCUGCUGGAGCAGUCUAGCAGGAUGAUGAAUCGGAUGAAUCAACUUUCGGCCAUCAGUCCCCAUGAGCUCAAGUCCAUGCAGGAGGACCUCAGCUUUAAAGAGACGGAGAUGCAGAAAUCUCAGAGCACAGCCAAUGGAUUGUCUUCUGAGUGUGAACGUCUGCAGCAGGACCUACUGAAUGUGGAGCGACUGGAAGGGAAAGUGCAAUCAGAGAUGAAUUCUCUGAAAGAAAAAAUCCUGCAGAUGACCGAAGGACUGAAGACGUACAGGGAUCUCGACGCCCUGAAAGCCUCCGGAGAGCACAAGGUGAAGAUGUUACAAGAAGAACGAGUGUCUUUAAUUGAGAGGAGAGAUGCCUUUAAGAAGAUCAAUCACAAGAUGAAUAAGGAAUACGAGACUGUUGCAGCACAAUUGCAAGAGAACGAGACUCACGCACAGCUGACAAAUCUGGAAAGGAAGUGGCAGCACCUUGAACAGAACAACUUUGUUAUGAAAGAAUUCAUCGCUUCUAAAAGCUUGGAGAGCGAUUACCGGCCCGUGAAGAAGAAUGUCAUCAAGCAGCUGUCUGAAUACAAUAAGAUCCUCAUGGAUGCUUUGCAGGGUACCAAAAACUGAGCAGCGCUUCCUGCCUCCCCUGUAGCCGCCAAUGCGGCUCGCCGACUUCAUCACUGACUCACUUCCCGUGCAGGAAUGCUCUCCUACUCAACAUUCCAAACGCAUGGCACACGUGCCGUUGAGAUUAGAGGGACGGCCCCUGUGGUAAAAAUCCGUCUUCCUCGGCUUUAUCCGUGACACGAUUUGAUGGAAUACAUGGACACAGCGGAAUAGGGAAGAGAUACGAGUAUGUAGCCGAAUCAAGAAUUACCUCUAUAUGGAUAUUUAUACAGAAAUAUUUCUAUUUAAAUAUUUACAAGGCGAAUAAAUCUAGUUGUCUAUUGGGAUGUGUUUAUUACGUCACAAGGAAAUGAGGAAGUCUGGAUCUUGUAAUGAAAUUGAAAUAAAAAAAUUUACGAUGUUUUGAAUUCAUUUAUUUCAUACAAUUGAAAAUAAAUAUCUAAAUCCUUGUCCAUUAUGAUAAAUACAUGUUAAUUCAUCUCGAAUAAAGUACUCAAUAUUUUCCCUUA